UAUCUGACGUGAUCUGACCCAAAGAAUGUUGGUCUGAUAUCCAAUAAAGACCAAACACUGAAAUUUCUUUGCAAUCAUCUGUUCAGUAGGGGGGCGGCAAUGUGAAACACCAAUUCCCACGAGAUGAUAGAUCUAUACUCUAUACCUCGUUUCUGCUUAUAUUAAGAAGACGGCAUAGCAAACGUUACUUUUCAACAUGGCUUCAUACGUGCGGGUAGGAUUACUGUUACUAUUGGUCUGUUCUUCCUUCCUUGUCGAUGCAGUUAAUAGGGAUACAUUUAAAACAUGCGAGCAAAGCAGUUUUUGCAGACGGUGUAGAAAAGUUGAACCUGGAAAAACACCUUAUCAACUUUCAUUAGACACGUUGGUUAAUAAUAAGUCCAGUAUAAGCGUAGAUUUAUUUAAUAAGGAUACAUGGGUUCUUUAUAUAUUGCAAUUGACGGCGCUAAAAGACAAUACAUUCAGGCUUCGUAUCGUUGAAAAGAAUCCGUUACAUCCGAGAUACGAACCUGAACAUGCUCUUCAAGAUCAGCCUCAAACAUCUGAGUUAACUUUAGUUGAGAAAACUAUAGAUCACGUAACUGUAACGAGCGGUGAAAAUAAAGUUAUAUUGUAUGCUAGUCCUUUUAGAAUUGAUUUGUAUUCUGAAAAUGUACUGGUUGUGUCUGCUAAUGCAAGAGGUCUCAUGAGAUACGAACAUCAUCGUACAAAGCCCAAGAAAGGCGAAGAAGAAGAAGAAGGAGAAGAAGUAGUAGGGGAAGGGGAAGAGGAAGAAGGAAACGUAGAAAAUAUUGAGGUAGCAAAUAAUACCCAACCUCCGGGUGAUGGAGCGGAAAAUGAUCCGGGUGCAUGGGAAGAGAAUUUCAAAACUCAUCACGAUGCGAAACCCUUUGGCCCUGAGGCUGUUGCUUUAGAUUUUACCUUCCCAGGAUCAGAAUAUGCAUACGGUGUUCCAGAGCAUGCUGAUUCUUUUGCAUUAAAGUCAACUAAACAAGCUCAUCCGUACAGACUGUAUAACCUAGAUGUGUUUGAAUAUGAAGUGAACGAAAGAAUGUCGCUGUAUGGAGCGAUACCUGUUCUCUACGCUCAUGGUAAAGAUAGAACAACUGGUAUCUUUUGGCACAACAGUGCAGAAACAUGGAUUGAUAUUUUAUCAAGCGCGGACAAUAAUAUGGUGGAAAGUAUUGUAAAUUUUGUAUCAGGUUCCGGUAAAAAGUCUCAAGUGGAUGCUCAUUUCAUGUCAGAAUCUGGUGUAAUCGACGUGUUCUUUAUGCUAGGCCCAAAGCCUUUAGAUGUAUUUAAACAGUACACUACAUUAACAGGCACGGCACCGUUGCCGCAAAUGUUUUCUUUAGGAUAUCAUCAAUCUCGUUGGAAUUACAAUGAUCAAGAUGACGUAAUACAGAUAGCAGAAAACUUUGAUGUACACGAUCUACCUCUAGAUGUUAUGUGGUUAGAUAUCGAAUAUACUGAUAGCAAAAAGUACUUUACUUGGGAUGAAAGGAAAUUUCCUAAUCCUACCGAAAUGAUACACAACUUGACCGGGAAGGGUAGAAAAUUGGUCGUUAUUAUCGAUCCGCAUAUUAAACGUGACAACGGUUACUUCGUUCAUAAUGAUGCAACCAAAAUGGGUUAUUACGUUAAAACGAGAGACGGAAAAGAUUACGAAGGUUGGUGCUGGCCUGGAGCGACAUCGUAUUUGGAUUUCUUUGAUCCAGCUGUGCGAGAGUAUUAUAUCGGUCAAUAUAGUUUAGACAAAUUUCGUGGUACUACAAAUGAUGUAUAUAUUUGGAACGAUAUGAACGAACCAAGCGUAUUUAACGGCCCUGAAGUAACUAUGCCUAAGGAUGUGAUCCAUUAUGGUGGUUGGGAACAUAGAAAUGUCCACAAUAUAAAUGGAUUUUUCAUGAGUAUGUCUACAUAUGAAGCUCUCUUCAGAAGAUCCGGAGGCAGUUUACGACCAUUUAUAUUAACAAGAUCUUUCUUUGCUGGAUCGCAACGUUACACGGCCAUGUGGACCGGAGACAAUACCGGUGAUUGGGAUCAUUUUCGCAUAAGUUAUCCAAUGUGUCUUAGUAUGGCUGUUUCUGGAAUGUCAUUCUGCGGUUCAGACAUUGGUGGUUUCUUUAAAAAUCCAGACUCGGAGCUGUUUAUAAGAUGGAAUCAAGCUGGUGCCUGGCUUCCAUUUUAUCGUCAACAUUCCCACAUUGAAACGAAACGACGGGAACCGUGGACGUUUAACGACGAAACUACACAGCUGGUCAGAGAGGCCUUCCGAAUGAGGUAUUCAUAUUUACCAUUAUGGUAUACGAUUUUCCGAGAGCACGAAAUAACUGGCGUUCCUGUAAUACGACCUUUAUGGACCCAUUAUCCAACUGAAACAGAAACUUACGCUAUCGAUGAUGAAAUACUAGUUGGAGAUUCUAUACUUGUUCGUCCAGUUUUUCAGCCAUCCGUUACAGAUGUUAGCGUAUACUUCCCUGGAGAAGGGAAAGUAACUUGGUACGAUGUUGAUACCAUGCAGCCAUAUCGGCAGGCAGGCUUAGUUAGUAUACCUGUAACUCUUCACAAAAUUCCGGUAUUCCAAAGAGGUGGUUCUAUUAUUCCACGAAAAAUGAGAAUACGCCGUAGCACGGUCGCAAUGAAAAACGAUCCGUACACUUUGGUAGUUAUCACUGAUUCUGCUGGCAAAGCUAAUGGAACGUUGUACAUUGAUGAUGAAACAAGUUUUGAAUAUCGUCAUGGAAAGUAUCUCUAUUUAAAGAUUAAUUUUCAAGGGAAUAAGUUAACCAGCACGUUUAUAGACAAAUUAGCUUCGUAUCAAACAGAGAGCUGGUUAGAAAGGGUAGAUAUUGCGAAUCCACCUAAAGGAGUUAAAUCUGCUGUAUUAACUUCGCCUAAUUUGGGAAAAGUUACUUUGGAGACUAAAUACAAUCCGAAUAACAAUGUAUUAACUGUUCGUAAACCAGGUGUAAAUAUGGGAGAAGAAUGGACUAUCGAAUUAAUCUAUUAAAAUCGCAUUUUUAUUAUUCAUCGUAAAUUCAAUAAUCAUACUACCAGUAAUACCAAUUUUCUAUUCACGCAAUUUUUUCAGCUAUCUGUGAUCAAAAUAUCAUUGUAUACCGCAAAAGAACAAAUACAGUGUAGUAGAGUUAAUGUAAAUGAUAUAUUUAUUAUUUUGACAAGCUAUUUUAAAAGCUAUUUCUCUUUUUAUCGAAUAGAGUAAGAAGAACGUGAAUUAUUCACCUUAUUCAAUCUUUAAAACUUGUAUAAUUAUGCAUGUAAAGAAAAAAAAGAAAAUACAUCGUACGUAUUAGAAAUAUAAA